AUGAGGACUUUCCAGUACGGUGUCGCCCUCGGCGCGUUGGCUACUUUGGCUUCUUGCAGCCCAAAGAAUCCCUACAUCUGGAGGCCAGCACGCCGCCAGUAUGGCGCGCAACCAGUGGACUCGGAGACCCUCCGAGCGACCAUUGACUCCGAUGCCCUUCUAGCCCAUUCCCGGAUGCUCGAGGACUUCGCAUACCGCCAGCCAGAUCCGGCUGACCGCAAUCGUCUCAUGGGCGGUGCAGGCCACAACCUCACCGUAGAGUACGUCGCUGGUCUGCUCAACGCCACUGGCUACUACGACGUCGAGCUGCAGCCCUGGUCAACACUCGUCCCGCUUGGCGGCAACGCAUCUUUCUUCGCCAACGGCGUGAGCCAGAAUGCCUCGCUCUUCUCGUACUCGGCAAGCGGCAAUGUCACAGCUCCUGUCGUGGCAGUCAGCAACUUGGGCUGCGCAGCCUCAGAUUAUCCAGCAGAAGUGGCUGGUGCCAUCGCACUCGUUUCUCGUGGUACAUGCGAAUUCGGCCAGAAAUCAGCGCUUGCCGGCAACGCAGGAGCCGUUGGUGCGGCUAUCUACAACAACAUUCCAGGAGGCCUCAAUGGCACCCUCGGCCAACCCCGCGCGCUGGGCCCCUACGUGCCAACUGUCGGUAUCUCCCAGGAGGCUGGCCUCGCGCUUGUUGAGGUGAUCGCCGCUGGCACUGAGGUCACUGGCGCGCUGGACGUUGUUUCCGAGAUUGAGUUCCGUGCAACCAACAACGUCCUCGCGCAAACCAAAGGUGGAAACAAGAACGCCACCCUCGUCGUCGGCGCCCACUCCGACAGUGUGGCUGAAGGUCCAGGCAUUAAUGACGACGGAUCCGGCGUUGUCGGAAUUCUGGAAGUCGCGCUCCAGCUCGCCAACUACACCACGACCAACGCCGUGCGCUUCGGCUUCUGGUCCGGCGAAGAAGAGGGCCUUCUCGGCUCGACCUUCUACGUUGACAGCCUCUCCAACGCCUCGCUCGCGCAGAUCAAGCUCUACCUCAACUUCGACAUGAUCGCCUCCCCCAAUUACUUCCUCGGCAUUUACGACGGCGACGGCAGCUCCUUCAACAUCUCCGGCCCGCCGGGCUCGGCCGAAGCUGAGCGCCUCUUCGAGGAGUUCUUCGACUCCAUUGGCCAGAACCACACAGCGACCGAGUUCAGCGGCCGCUCCGACUACGGUCCUUUCCUGGAUGUGAACAUUGCGUCCGGCGGCCUCUUCACUGGUGCUGAGGGUAUCAAGACCGAGGAAGAGGAGGCACUGUUCGGCGGCGAGGCUGGUGUCGCUUAUGAUGUUAACUAUCACGGUGCCGGGGAUAAUGUUACGAACUUGAACAUGGAGGCGUUCUUGAUCAACACUCAGGCGAUUGCUCACUCCGUCGCUACCUAUGCCACGAGCUUUGAAAGCUUGAACCAGACGGCGCUUGCAAGGAGGAGCGUCGGUGGCACCAACUUCAGGAGGAGUCUGCAUGCGCCGAGGUGCUCGCCGAGCUGCUUCGGUGGCGGGAUGCAGCGGAGGGACAGGUUCAGGUCGACGAAGCUGGGCGUUAUGUAUGGUUAG